AUGUUUAUUAAUCCAAACUAUACUACUAGAACAGUCUCAGAUCAGAGCCUUGCAGUUGAUCAAUCGACAAAAAAUGAAUUUAAUACCAGCUUUUCUACUAUUUCGACUAUAAUGGAUAAUAGAACACAACCGACUUUUGUGGCAAUGGCCCUUGAGCAACUAGACAUUGAGAAUGUCAACAUUGAGGAACGCCUUUUAAGUAACAUUGACACAAUAAUUAUAGUGGGUAAGUAUUUCCGUAUAUUCAUGAUAGCUGUUGCUGUUAUUCAAUUAAUCUCCACAAUUAUUAUGUGCAAAAGAAGAAAGCCCACUUUGAUUGCACCAAUUGGCAGUUAUCAUACUAAGUGUGCAACCACAUUGGCUUCUAUAUUUAACCUAGUAAUGAUUUUAUUAGAUGGUGUUGUCAUUUUUUGCUGUUGGAAGAAAGACUAUUCGCUGCAUGACUAUUCAUUCUUAUUGCAUUCUGGAGCAAAUUAUUGUAUAAUAUUGUUCAUAACAGUAUUACUCACAAUGAUGGGGUAUUGCAGAGGCUAUUUUUUUCUACAUGUCGAACCGCUUUAUCCUAUUUAUAGUAGCAUUUAUUAUAGAAGAUGCCAUGUAUGGAACUUUUAUAUGGUUUGUCAAUAG